AUGCAGUCUCUCAACAUCACCCGAGAGCAGUUCUCCAGGCUGCUACGGGACCAUAACCUGACGCGCGAGCAGUUCAUCGCGCGCUACGGGCUGCGGCCGCUUGUCUACACCCCGGAGCUGCCGGGGCGCGCCAAGCUGGCCUUCGUGCUCACCAGCGUGCUCAUAUUUGCCCUAGCGCUCUUUGGCAACGCGCUGGUGGUCUAUGUGGUGACCCGCAGCAAGGCAAUGCGCACCGUCACGAACAUCUUCAUCUGCUCCUUGGCGCUCAGCGACCUGCUCAUCGCCUUCUUCUGCAUCCCGGUCACCAUGCUACAGAACAUCUCUGACACCUGGCUGGGGGGUGCCUUCAUUUGCAAGAUGCUGCCAUUUGUCCAGUCAACUGCUAUCGUGGCAGAAAUUCUUACUAUGACCUGCAUUGCUGUGGAAAGGCACCAGGGACUUGUCCAUCCUUUUAAAAUGAAGUGGCAAUACACCAACAGAAGGGCUUUUACCAUGCUAGGUGUGGUCUGGCUGCUGGCAGUCAUCGUAGGAUCACCCAUGUGGCAUGUACAACGCCUUGAGAUUAAGUAUGACUUCUUGUAUGAAAAGGAGCAUGUCUGCUGUCUGGAAGAGUGGGCCAGCCCUGCGCACCAGAAAAUCUAUACCACGUUCAUCCUUGUCAUCCUGUUCCUCCUGCCUCUUAUGCUGAUGCUUAUCCUGUACACUAAAAUCGGUUAUGAACUUUGGAUAAAGAAAAGAGUGGGGGACUGCUCAGUGUUUCGAACUAUUCACGGAAAAGAAAUGUCAAAAAUAGCCAGGAAGAAGAAGCGAGCUGUCAUUAUGAUGGUGACAGUGGUGGCUCUCUUUGCUCUAUGCUGGGCACCUUUCCACAUCGUGCACAUGAUGACUGAAUACAGCAAUUUUGAAAAGAAAUAUGAUGAUGUCACAAUCAAGAUGAUUUUUGCUAUCGUGCAAAUAAUUGGAUUUUCCAAUUCCAUCUGUAAUCCCAUUGUUUAUGCAUUUAUGAAUGAAAACUUCAAAAAAAAUUUUUUGUCUGCAGUUUGUUAUUGCAUAGUAAAAGAAACCUUAUCUCCAGCACGAAGGCAUGGAAAUUCAGGAAUUACAAUGAUGCAGAAGAAAGCAGUGUUUUCCCAGAGAGAGAACCCAGUGGAGGAGACAAAAGGAGAAGCAUUCAGUGAUGGCAACAUUGAAGUCAAAUUGUGUGAACAAUCAGAGGAGAAAAAAUACAUCAAAUAA